AACAAUGGGCCCUGACCCCUGUUUAACUCUGCAGGACACCAUGCGGCUUCCGAGUGCCAAGCCAGCUCCAGUCCUCAAAGGCCAGGUGCUGUUGCUGCCCCUGCUGCUGCUGCUGCUGGGACCACAGGCCUCCCAGGGCCUAGUCAUCACACCCCCGGGGCCAGAGCUUGUCCUCAACAUCUCCAGCACCUUCGUGCUGACCUGCUCGGGUCCAGCUCCGGUGGUGUGGGAACGGAUGUCCCAGGAGCCCCUGCAGGACACGGCCAAGACCCAGGACGGCACCUUCUCCAGCACACUGACGCUGACCAAUGUCACUGGGCUAGACACGGGAGAAUACUUUUGUGCCUACAAAGGCCCCCCUGGGCUGGAGCCUGGGGAGCGAAAACGGAUCUACAUCUUUGUGCCAGAUCCCUCUGUGGGCUUCCUUCCUGUGGACCCUGAGGAACUAUUCAUCUUCCUCACGGAAAUAACUGAGACCACGAUUCCAUGCCGAGUGACGGAUCCGCAACUGGUGGUGACACUGCAUGAGAAGAAAGUGGAUGUCCCGCUGCCCAUCCCCUACGACCCCCAACGUGGCUUCUCUGGUACCUUUGAGGACAAGACCUAUGUCUGCAAAACCACCAUUGGGGACAGGGAGGUGGAUUCCGAUGCCUACUACGUCUACAGCCUCCAGGUGUCAUCCAUCAAUGUCUCGGUGAAUGCAGUGCAGACUGUGGUCCGCCAGGGUGAGAACAUCACCAUCAUGUGCAUUGUGACUGGGAACGAGGUGGUCAACUUUGAGUGGACAUACCCUCGCAUGGAGAGUGGGCGGCUGGUGGAGCCAGUGACUGACUUCCUCUUCGAUAUGCCCUCCCACAUACGCUCCAUCCUGCACAUCCCCAGUGCAGAGCUGGGCGACUCAGGGACCUACAUCUGCAACGUAUCGGAGAGCGUGAAUGACCAUCGCGAUGAAAAGGCCAUCAACGUCACCGUGGUUGAGAGUGGCUACCUGCGGCUGCUGGGAGAGCUGCAACCUGUACAAUUCGCGGAGCUGCACCGCAGCCGGACACUGCAGGUUGUGUUCGAGGCCUACCCGCCGCCCACUGUCAUGUGGUUCAAGGACAACCGCACGCUGGGCGACUCCAGCGCCGGCGAGAUCGCCCUGUCCACGCGCAAUGUGUCUGAAACCCGGUAUGUGUCAGAACUGACACUGGUGCGGGUGAAGGUGGCUGAGGCUGGCCACUACACCAUGCGGGCCUUCCAUGAGGAUGCUGAGGCCCAGCUCUCCUUCCAACUGCAGGUCAACGUGCCUGUCCGUGUGUUGGAGCUGAGUGAGAGCCACCCUGCCAGCGGGGAGCAGACAGUCCGCUGUCGUGGCCGGGGCAUGCCCCAGCCACACCUCACCUGGUCUACCUGCAGCGACCUCAAAAGGUGUCCGCGCGAGCUGCCGCCCACGCCGCUGGGGAACAGUUCCGAGGAGGAGAGCCAGCUGGAGACUAACGUGACGUAUUGGGCGGAGGAGCAGGAGUUUGAGGUGGUGAGCACGCUGCGCCUGCGCCGCGUGGAUCAGCCGCUGUCGGUGCGCUGCACGCUGCGCAACUUGCUGGGCCAUGAUGUGCAAGAGGUCACUGUGGUGCCACAUUCUCUGCCCUUCAAGGUGGUGGUGAUCUCGGCCAUCCUGGCCCUGGUGGUCCUCACGAUCAUCUCCCUCAUCAUCCUCAUCAUGCUCUGGCAGAAGAAGCCACGUUACGAGAUCCGAUGGAAGGUGAUUGAAUCUGUGAGCUCCGAUGGCCAUGAGUACAUCUAUGUGGACCCUAUGCAGCUGCCCUAUGACUCCACCUGGGAGCUGCCUCGGGACCAGCUCGUGCUUGGACGUACCCUCGGCUCCGGGGCCUUUGGGCAGGUGGUAGAGGCCACGGCUCAUGGCCUGAGCCAUUCACAAGCCACGAUGAAAGUGGCAGUCAAGAUGCUGAAAUCCACAGCCCGCAGCAGUGAGAAGCAAGCCCUCAUGUCGGAACUGAAGAUCAUGAGUCACCUCGGGCCCCACCUGAACGUGGUCAACCUGCUGGGGGCCUGCACCAAGGGAGGGCCCAUCUACAUCAUCACCGAGUACUGUCGCUAUGGCGACCUGGUGGACUACCUGCACCGCAACAAGCACACCUUCCUGCAGCACUGCUCCGACAAGCGCCGCGCACCCAGCACCGAGCUCUACAGCAACGCCCUGCCCGUGGGGCUCCCGCUGCCCAGCCACAUGACCCUGCCUGGAGAGAGCGACGGUGGCUACAUGGACAUGAGCAAGGACGAGUCGGUGGACUACGUGCCCAUGCUGGACAUGAAAGGAGACGUCAAAUAUGCAGACAUCGAGUCCUCCAACUACAUGGGCCCUUACGACAACUACGUCCCCUCUGCUCCCGAGAGGACCUGUCGGGUGACUUUGAUCAACGACUCCCCAGUGCUUAGCUACACGGACCUUGUGGGCUUCAGCUACCAGGUGGCCAAUGGCAUGGAGUUUCUGGCCUCCAAGAAUUGCGUCCACCGAGACCUGGCGGCCAGGAACGUGCUCAUCUGCGAGGGCAAGCUGGUCAAGAUCUGCGACUUCGGCCUGGCUCGAGACAUCAUGCGGGACUCGAACUACAUCUCCAAAGGCAGUACCUUCCUGCCUUUGAAGUGGAUGGCCCCGGAGAGCAUCUUCAACAGCCUCUACACCACCCUGAGCGACGUGUGGUCCUUCGGGAUCUUACUCUGGGAGAUCUUCACCCUGGGUGGCACCCCUUACCCAGAGCUGCCCAUGAACGAGCAGUUCUACAAUGCCAUCAAGCGGGGCUACCGCAUGGCCCAGCCUGCCCACGCCUCGGACGAGAUCUACGAUAUCAUGCAGAAGUGCUGGGAAGAGAAGUUUGAGAUUCGGCCCCCCUUCUCCCAGCUGGUGCUGCUUCUCGAGAGACUGCUGGGCGAGGGUUACAAAAAGAAGUACCAGCAGGUGGAUGAGGAGUUUCUGAGGAGCGACCACCCGGCCGUCCUUCGGUCCCAAGCCCGCUUGCCUGGCUUCCAUGGCCUCCGAUCCCCCCUGGACACCAGCUCUGUCCUCUACACUGCUGUGCAGCCCAACGAGGGUGACAACGACUAUAUCAUCCCACUGCCUGACCCCAAACCCGAGGUUGCUGAUGAGGGCCCACUGGAGGGUUCCCCCAGCCUUGCCAGCUCUACCCUGAAUGAAGUCAACACCUCCUCUACUAUCUCCUGUGACAGCCCCCUGGAACCACAAGAGGAACCAGAGCCAGAGCCCCAGCCCGAGCCCCAGGUGGAGCCAGAGCUGGAGCCAGAGUGGCCGCCGGAUUCAAGCUGCCCCAGGCCUCGGGCCGAGGUGGAGGACAGCUUCCUGUAGGGGGCUGGCCCCCACCCUGCCCUGCCUGAAGCUCCCCCUCUACCUCCCAGCACCCAGCGCCUCCUGGCCUGGCCUGGCCUCCCACCAGCCGGGCUGUUCCCAUCAGCUGUCCCCUUCUGGAAAGCUUUUGCUCCUGGCAUGUCGCACCCCAACCCCUGCGACUGGCUUAGGAGGCAAGAGAACUGCAGAGGCCAUGACCAGCCCUCUGCCUCUGGGGAGGCCAUGUGACUCUGAGCCAGGAUUCUCCCAGGGGACUUGGUUUCUCCAUCUGCGAGAUGGGAAAGUUGGACUUGGUGACCCACCAUCUGGGAUUCUCUCCCUGGCUGAGAGGUGGGGAGAGUGGAACCCUGGGGGAGAGUCUUGAGGUUCAGGAGGUGGCAAGUUAACCUUUUUUCUGUUCAGUCAGCUACCCCUCAAGGAGCUGCAGCUCUCACCUCACACUUUUAUCCACCCGAGAGCUGGGGAAGGGCCCCUGGCCUCCCUGCCCUCUGGCUGAGCAGGGUUCUGGCCUUGGACAGUGCUGCCUCAUCCAGAAGCAACCUCCCCUCCAUGCCAGUCUCCACUUUCCCGGGCCCGAGCUGGUCUGGGGCCAUCCAUGCUUAAUUAAUGCGGAGGGCUGAGCCACAUACAGGACACCCUGGCCUGUGGCCCCUGCCCCAGGCACUUGGGGCACACCUCACCAUAAAAAGUGCCCAUGUCCAUGUCUUCCUGGCGCCACAAGUCCUGGGGUCAUUUUUCCUCACCACUGCCAGUCUUACUCCACCCAUCAGAGUCUCCAGGGCCAGACGGGCCCCACGUCUGUGAUGAGUGUGUUGAUGUGCUUGCAAGAAGUGUCCACAUGUGUGGACCAUGUGUGGACCAAUAUGUGCAUUGGACCUGCCAUGAGACUUUGGGGGACUCCCUCGCCCUCUGUGGGCCUGUUCUCUCGUUGAAAAAUGAGCAGAUUAGACUCAUUGACUUCUGGUGGUCUGCCAGCACUAACAUUCUAGAAUAUUCCAGAGGGUUGCACACUUGCCCAGAUGAAGCAAAGCCAAACACCCCAAACCUCCACCUCGGGGGUCAGCUGGGGUCUGGGGAGAUUCCAGACCACACAUCACACCCCAGGCAUUCAGAGACCGUGACCCUUCCCCAGGCCCCUGGCAAGUCCCAAAAGGCCCGCUGCCCAGGCCUUGACUCGGAGUGACAGCCAGUGUCUGGGAAGCCCCCAGCAGCUGCCCCAGGGCUGUGGGAAGAUCACAGAACCCCUUUCGGCACCCACAGUGACCUCUGGAGCUAUCCUAGGCAAAGGAAGCAGAGAGGGCAAAGCAGAGCACCUCGUGCUGCCCGCCACUCCAGCCCCUGCUGUCUAGGCCUGUGUCACAGACGUAACGGACACUGAGGGCCCCCGGGGUCCCCGGAAAGGACAAGAAGACUUCGAUAGGGAACCUGAGAAAUGGAUGCAAGAGGUGGGUACUUUGGGGGCUGCCUUCUCACCUGCCAGCUGUCUUGUUUGAGGCAGUACCCAUGGGUAUGGCUUUGUCACACCCAGGCCUGCUCCCCUCACUGUGUCUGCCAGCCACGCCCCAGCCCAGUGGGCACUGGAGGUCCAGAGGAGUCGGGGCCAAGGCCGCCAGCAGGGGGAGAGCUGGAGAGGGGGUGAAGGAAGAUCAGCCCUCUGGGCACCAGCCCCCUAUACUGGUUGGCACGUGCCUGCCCUGGGGCCCCCGAAGCCUGGUCGAGGAGGGAGAGGGUUCUCACUACGGUACCAAAGAUGUAAUCACCUAGGUUUACAAGUAUCUUUAGGACUCACAUUAACUCACAUUUAUACAACAGAAGUGCUAUUUUGUAUGCCAUCCAAUUUUCCUAUCUGUGUACUUUUUUUAAGGAAAAGAUUUUAAUAUUAAACCUGGUGCUUCUCACUCA